GGUUGUAGUUUCCGGUCCCUGAGCCGGAAGUAGCGCUGUGUUGCCCGGUUGCCGUUCUAGUAGUGUGUGAGCUGUGCCCGGACCCGUAGCCGAGAUGCCGCUGGAGAACCUGGAGGAGGAAGGGCUACCGAAAAACCCGGACCUGCGGAUCGCGCAGCUCAAAUUCCUGCUCAGCCACCCGGAGCCAUGCGGGGAGCCGGCCAUCAAAGCGGAGCUCAUGGAGGCCGUGACCCGGAAUAAUAUGUCACCUUUCUAUGAAAGCCUGUGUAAACAACUAGACUGGCCACUAGACACAGACCUACUAAACAAAAUGAAGAAGGCUAAUGAAGAAGAGCUAAAGAGGCUAGAUGAUGAGCUGGAGGACGCAGAGAAAAACCUUGGGGAAAGUGAGAUUAGAGAUGCCAUGAUGGCAAAGGCUGAAUACCUCUGUAGAAUUGGUGAUAAGGAAGGGGCACUGACCGCAUUCAGAAAAACGUACGAUAAGACCGUGGCACUAGGACAUCGACUGGAUAUAGUGUUUUACCUCCUGAGAAUUGGCUUGUUUUAUAUGGACAAUGACCUGAUUACGAGGAACACUGAGAAGGCCAGAAGUCUCAUUGAGGAAGGUGGUGACUGGGACAGGAGGAAUCGUUUGAAAGUUUACCAAGGCCUUUACUGUGUGGCCAUCCGAGACUUCAAGCAAGCAGCUGAACUCUUCCUGGAUACAGUGUCAACAUUUACUUCCUAUGAGUUGAUGGAUUAUAAAACAUUUGUUACGUACACGGUUUACGUCAGUAUGAUAGCACUCGAUCGACCAGACCUAAGAGAGAAGGUUAUCAAAGGUGCAGAGAUUCUGGAAGUGUUGCACAGUUUACCCUCUGUCCGACAAUACCUUUUCUCUCUCUAUGAAUGUCGGUAUUCGGUUUUCUUCCAGUCAUUAGCUACUGUAGAGCAGGAAAUGAAAAAGGACUGGUUGUUUGCCCCUCACUAUCGCUACUAUGUUAGAGAGAUGCGGAUCCAAGCCUACAGCCAGCUGUUAGAAUCAUACAGGUCGCUGACGCUCGGAUACAUGGCUGAAGCUUUUGGCGUUGGUGUUGAGUUUAUUGAUCAGGAACUUUCCAGAUUUAUUGCAGCUGGAAGACUUCAUUGCAAAAUAGAUAAAGUUAAUGAAAUUGUAGAGACAAACAGGCCUGAUAGCAAGAACUGGCAGUAUCAAGAAACCAUAAAGAAAGGUGAUCUGUUACUGAACCGUGUCCAGAAACUCUCUCGAGUAAUCAACAUGUAAACUGUCUCACUUUUAACCAGGGUGAAUGAAUCCAAGUGGAAGAGGUCUUGUUAGGUCGUGUAUAAAUAUAUGGUCUCUAUUUACUCAGUAUUUUGGGAGAUGACUGAUGUGUAUUUAGGGGUUUUUACAGUUUUACGUUAUGUAAACAAUCCAUUACUUGUAAAACACAAAAAAAAGAAAAA